CUCUCUCUCUCUUCAUCUUCAUUGCGACCUCUCUCUCUCUCUCCUCUUUCUCUCUCCCUGAACUAGCGAGAUCAUUUUGCAGAGGUAAAAUUCUUCAUUGAUUGUUCUUCAAGAGUGAUAAUUUAUCAAUUUUCAUUUUCUCAUUUCUCUCCUGCAUAAAUUAUGUUUUCUCUGUAAUCAAAUGCCAGAUCCAUGGAUUCUGAAGGAGAUUUGAUAUCUUUCUCUAUCUCUAGAUUCAGGAUGUUCCUGAGAUCUCCUUCCGUCUUUCUAAUUUCACCGGGUCCUCCAUCAUUAAUCUCUCUCACUCACUCUCAGAUCUAAUGCAUCCUUAGCCUCAAUCCAUCACUUUAUCUCCCUUUCUUCUUUACAAUUAAACUUCCUAUAACAGAACAAUCCCUAGAGUAGAAAGGCAGCCUUAAUUAUGUCAACAGGAAAGGGUUCGACCCGACUGUUCACAAUCGGACUCGUGACUUCAUGGUAUUCUUCCAACAUUGGUGUUCUUCUGCUCAAUAAGUACUUGCUAAGCAGUUAUGGUUUCAAGUAUCCGAUCUUUCUAACCAUGUGUCAUAUGACUGCUUGUUCGUUGCUAAGUUACAUAGCCAUUGCUUGGAUGAAGAUGGUUCCUAUGCAGACGAUCAGGUCUAGGGUACAGUUUAUGAAGAUUGCUGCUCUUAGUAUGGUCUUCUGUGCCUCUGUUGUUAGUGGCAAUAUAUCUCUUCGUUUUUUGCCUGUUUCGUUUAAUCAGGCUAUUGGUGCUACAACUCCAUUCUUUACUGCUGUGUUUGCUUAUAUUAUGACUCUCAAGAGUGAAGCCUGGCUUACCUACUGUACCCUUGUUCCCGUUGUGACUGGAGUUGUUAUCGCCAGUGGGGGUGAGCCAAGUUUUCAUCUUUUUGGAUUUAUAAUGUGCAUUGGUGCAACAGCUGCAAGGGCACUUAAAUCUGUUCUCCAAGGAAUUCUGCUUUCUUCUGAAGGGGAGAAGUUGAACUCGAUGAACCUUCUACUUUACAUGGCUCCAAUAGCUGUUGUACUUCUACUCCCGGCUACACUUUUUAUGGAAAAAAAUGUAGUUGGUAUAACACUAGCCUUAGCAAGGGAGGAUAUCAAGAUCAUUUGGUAUCUUCUCUUCAACUCUGCUCUGGCAUAUUUUGUCAAUCUGACUAACUUUUUGGUCACAAAACACACAAGUGCUUUAACACUACAGGUACUUGGGAAUGCGAAAGGGGCGGUUGCUGUUGUAGUUUCAAUAUUGAUAUUCAGGAAUCCGGUUUCAAUAACUGGAAUGAUGGGAUAUUCACUUACAGUCUUGGGUGUUGUUCUAUACAGCGAAGCAAAAAAGCGUAGCAAGUCCUAAGAACUAUAUGAUAUACUUCGAUUAGAAUCAUAUUCAGGAGGUCGAGAGUUUGCCCUCACCAAUUUUUUCUUUUGCUGGAGCAUCGUGUGAGCAUGUAGCUGCCACAGUAAGCCGAGAUGAAAUCUUUUUUUUAGAACAAAUAAAUGGUGUGAUACAUCAUUAUUAUUAUUACUAGUACUACUACUACUACUACGAUUAACACCAACUUUUGAAAUUCCCUUUUUUUCGAUAAUUUGUUUGGACUCUAUAUUCUUUAUGGAAAAUCAUUGUAGAAUUGACAUGUAUACAGACAGUGUUCUUUACAUUGCUCAACAUUGAGCAAUUCUUAAUGAAAUCGAUAAUCUUUUACUAUUAUC